UUUCCUGGUGCAUGUAGUGUUUCCCAAAAGAAUUGAAUUGUAUUAUAGCUAGCAUUGAAAGCUAUGGGAGAAGAAAGGAAAAAUGAAGCGUGGCUUUGCAAGCAUCUAUCAAAUUGGAAGCUAGAGCGGAAGCACUCAAGAUUGUUAUAGGCAUUUGAUGAACACAACUCCGUAUUGACAUUAUGCAAUGAAGCUUUUUUAGUGCACAAUAUUGCUAACUAUCAAAGUAAAUACGAGCGCUUCAUCGACAAGUUAAAGAAAUAUGGCUUCAAAGUCGUAGUAUAUGUAAGAAAAAGCCCAUGUAAACUGUCGAAUGAUGCCUUAAUGGAUAAGCUUCAAAAAAGGAUCGAAUAUUUGAAGGAAAGGUCGCUUAUUGAAUUUGCAUAGGUUUCUUCACGAAGCUGUGCCGGAAGCCCUAUUGACUCCAGAGACAUGUCUAAUACUGUUGAAGAGCUUGAGAAAAUGGAGUUGUGGCAUUGUGCUGGGAGCACACAAACUCUUUUAUCAAAGUUAUCAGCAAAUAGUAAAAAAGUAUGCCUUAUAAUCGUCGAUUACGCAGCACUUUUCACGAAUGCCGAUUAUAUCAGAACUUUGGUCAAUAAUUAUAAUUCUUUAGAAUGCAUUGUGGUCGAUCGGUUUCACGAAACUGGAAAGUAUGAAGUACACAGUCGCGAUAAAAUACUCAACAACAACAACUAUUUGAAGUCUUUUGCGUGCCGUGAAGUCCCUUCCCGUCGUUCUAAAUGAUACCUACGUUUACGUAGUGGGGAAAUCACGGUCAAUAGCCCCUCUCAUUCUUUUCCUUUGGAUUAUGCAUUGUCUUAUCUUACAUUAUUUUAUUAAAAGCGCCCAGCACACUCUUGUCAGUCUUUCUUGUAUUCCUCUUUUUUUUUUUUUCCUAUUUUAAUCCAUCAUUACCUUCUCCUUAC